UCUCAUCCUACCAUACGUACAACCAUACAGUCCCAGCAACAAUGCCGGUCGUGUCUGGUGAGCUCGGAAACCGCGUCUCUGCCAAGCUCGGCGAGUUCCUCCUGCGCGGCCAUCGCAUGCAGAACGCGUACUGCCUGGACUGCAAUACUGUGCUGAUGCUGGAUCUGUCGACCAACCGAGAGCACUGUGUGCACUGCGAUGACAUGGGUCUGCGUCCGAAGGCUGCACCCGCAACCUCAACGACGACGCCAGCUGUGGUCUCGGCGGCCUCUUCGGAGCCAGCCGCAAGCGAGAAGCAAGCGCUGAGUCAAGCUGCUGCAGAGACAGCUACAAGUACCACUGCUAGUGCGAACAACGCUGAUCCUACAGUUAAUACUGCGAAUGCUGGUGGAGUACCGGCCAAGCCGAACAAGCCCGAAGAGCAUUCCGCGCAUGAGGCGUAUGGCAAUCUCGACGAAGACUUCCAAGACGACGACGAAGAAGAAGAAGAAGAUCCUGAGACAGACCGCUUGCUGGCUCAGAUGAUUGACGCACAGCUCCCGUCGCAGGGCAUCCGCGAGUUCCUGAAGCUCGAAUCAGAGCUCAAGUAUCAGAAGCCUGCUGGCCGAGACAAGGCUGGCCAUCACGGUGCUUCUCCUGCGUCUGCUUCUGCUGCUCGAAACAGCGGGUCUGGCGCAACCCGGGCCACCUGGCGUGACCAGUACGAGGAAAUUGGUGCAGAGUAUGUCAAGCAAUCGCUGGGUGGUGCUCCCGCAGAGGCCAAGCCGAGCAAACCAAAGCGUCCGACGGCGUCCGCCAUUCGUGGAGCCACUACUGCAUCAAGCCUGCCGCCCCAGCCCCAGCAUCACCAACACCCACUCGCGCAGGAAGUAGACCCGCAAUUCUACCUCAAGCAGGCCAUUUCAUUCACCUCUGUUGCUCUGGCGACGGAAACUGUCAAACUCGGCUCGCCAGACCGCGAUCUGGAGACGGUCGAGCGUUUGUCCACUGUGCUGCAGUCCCUGAUCGAGUCCCUCACUGCCCUGUCACAGUUGCCCCGACGACGAUAAUAUCUGAUCAUUGUUCUGUGAGGGGGGAGGGGGCGGCGUAUUUUGCCCCUCGUAGCACUUUUCCGCAAUGGGUUGUUCAAUGCCUCGUUCGUCGUGAUGCCUCAACUUUCAUUCAACCCGCUUAUUGGCUUCAUACACUUCAAUGCCCUCCUCCA